AUGUUACUGUCUUCCCGUGUGCGUUUAACCAACGUCAAAUCGCUCAAGACUCUCAAAUCCCUCAGAAUGGCUUCCACCUCCGGCUACGCUGCUGACGACGUCUUGUUCCACAACGAGAAUAUGGCUAGGGUCAUCACCUUGAAUAGAGUCAACAAACUCAAUUCCUUAAACACUUCCAUGGUAUCUAAGAUCAUUCCUCGGUUGGUAGAAUACGCCAAGCUGGACGUUUCCAACAUGGUCAUUUUAACUUCCAACUCCCCUAAAGCCUUGUGUGCUGGUGGAGAUGUAGCAGAAUGUGCUGCUCAGAUCUUGAAGGGUAACCCUGGUUAUGCUAGCGACUUCUUCCAGAAAGAAUACAACAUGAACUAUCUAAUUGCCACCUACUCAAAGCCAUACGUGGCUCUCAUGGAUGGAAUCACCAUGGGCGGCGGUGUGGGACUCUCUGUCCACGCACCUUUCCGUAUUGCUACCGAGAAGACCAAGUUGGCCAUGCCUGAGAUGGACAUUGGUUUUUUCCCAGACGUGGGAACUACCUUCUUUUUGCCUCGCUUGGAUGACAAGUUGGGUUACUACUAUGCGUUGACCGGCGAAAUCUUGUCCGGUUUGGACGCAUACAUGGCUGGUUUUGCUACUCAUUACCUUCCUUCCGAGAGAGUUUCUCAGUUGGUGCAGAGAUUAUCCAACUUGAACCCUCCAGUGAUCAACGGCACCAAGGACGAGGCCAGUGUGUUACGUAGUCAAAAGGACUACUUUGCUCAGGUCAACGAGGUUAUCAGCGAGUUUGCAGAGACUAAGUUACCUCAAGACUACAAGUUCCACUUGUCUGCUGAAGAGACCUCCUUGAUCAACCAAGCAUUUUCCAAGCCAUCAUUUGACGAAGUUUUGGCCACUUUCAAGAAUGCCGGUACCGAUUUUGGUACCAAGACCUUUGAGCGUUUGUCUGCCAAGUCUCCAACAUGCGUCAGAGUUGCAUUUGAAUUGAUGAACAAGGGUGCCAAGAGCACAAUUCGCAACCAGUUGGAGUUGGAGUUGAUCACUGCCACCAACAUGAUGAAUGCAAAGUUGGAGGAGAACGACUUCGUCAAAGGUGUCAAACACAAGCUCAUUGACAAGAUUAAAGAGCCAAACUUGCCAGAAUGGACUACCUUUGAUGCUGCUCGUGUGGAGAAGCUCCAGUCUAAGUCCAUCUACACCGCCAAGCUCCCAUCACCACUUCUAGAGAACUUCUUUGGUGUGAACUUCAACAACUACAUCUUCAAUAUGGGUUUGCCUUCCAACUCGCAGAUUGAAGACUACAUCACUGGUAGAGACGGAUCCAACAGAUCGUAUUUGCCAACUCCAAACGAAGUGUUCAAGCAUUUCAAGCAACUCACAAACAACAAGUUGGGAGUGGAGGAGAAGGUUGCUAGAACUUUGGCUGUGCACGGCGAGGCUUCCAAAUACGACAACAAGUAUGUUUCCUGGAAAGCUUAA